CUUAAACAGCACCUAAACCUAAGGGCAACAUUAUUGUUAAAAUACAGGGAGAAAAACCUGAAUAAUUCAGGGAUGUAAAGAUCACUCUACCUGAUUAUGCUGCUGACAGCAACCAGAAACAUCUUAGGCGAUUAUGUGAAGCGUCAGGGUCAUAAGAUAGUGUUACUGAGUCCUGGUGACACUAGACAAUGUGUUUAAUGAUAAUCAUAUAGCAUAUCAAAUGUUAGCAGAGACUCAGAGAUGGCACCUUUUAUUCCUUCAGGUGUUUUAACUACAUAUUUUUAUACCACUUGAGCUUAUUUUAGUGCAAAAGCACUCCGGAUAGCUAAGUCUUUAGGAAUUAAUUCUCAUACAGUUCAUUACAGUAUUUACUCGUCGUUAUUUUCAGUAUGAAAAAUAAAUGAUUUACCAGGAAUGGGAAGGUACCUAACAUACUUUCCCUAAAGCAGAAUUGCCGGAGUGAAAUCUUAAAUCUUUAAUUUUGGAAAUUGCAGUUCUACAGAUUUAAUUCAACUUCUGUUGUAUCCUCCAAAAUCUCAUCCAAUUGUUCAGAUGGGUGAAGUCCUCAACCCCUAGUGGUCACUGGAAUUUUUGCCAUUGACUUUUCUGGCACUGUAAUUUGACUCUUGAUUCUUAAGUGAAGCAGCAUGAGAAACAGGGCAGAAAAAUCAAAUAUAAAAUAAUGUGCUCCAAACCAUCUGUUAUAUUUCCUUCCCCUGUUAUGUUGGAAGACCAAACCCCAGGUUAUUUAAAGGAUUUUUGGACACAACCUGGAUGAGAUUUGGUACUUAUUUUUUUUUUACAAUGGAAGUGGAUGCCUAGGAGAAAGCUUGCAGUCACAUAUCAUGCAGUCAGCUGAUGAUAGAUCUUAGUUAUCAUUUACACUUAGCCCUCUUUAUACUGUAAAUUAUAGUCAUAUUCAAUUUAAGAUGCCUUUAUGCUGUCAGAGCAGAGUAAAUGAGCACAAGGAACCAACGGUUGUUGAGGUCCCACUCUAGUCACUUCCACACUGGUGAGAAAGGGAGAACAUUGAGGGUGAUGAUACAACAUCUCCAGCUCUGACAUUAACAGAGUGGAAAGAUGGCAUUGCAUAGUUUUUAGAACUGCUGUGAGAGCAUCCCUUUACAGUUGUAGUAGGUCUCAGGUUAACACUUCUUCUCUAGUCUCACCUGAGACUACCACUGAAACUUCUUGUUGUACCUGCUUGAGCUAGUAUCCUCAACUCACUGUCACUGCUAAUUAACUCUUUAAAUUAUAGUAAACAAAAACCAAAGAGCACAGGAGCAGCUUAACAAAUAUCAAUGUUUUACAGUGAUGCCAGUUCUUGUCUGGUUUAUUAGAAGUAAACGGUAUUUAAUUAGGAAAUAAGCCUAUAAAUAUUUUAGUUAGCUAUUCUUGAAUACUCAGUGUUAGACUAAACAGAAAAGAGAUUUAUUUCAUGGUUAAACCUAGAAGACUCCUGGCAAAAACCGCACAAUAUGAAAUGUCUCAUACUUAUCUGAAUUGCACCUUUCAAUUUCAUUCUGAAAGGCUCAAACCAAAAAAGCAUCUUUGCUAUUUUUUUUCAAAAGCACCAUGCUUAAAUAGGUACAGACAGUAAAACUUGUGGAGGAUAUAGUGUGUAAGUAUGUAACUCUUAAAACCCCCCAACCUAAUGAUACUUUGAGAUAUCCUUAGCAAUGCAAAGAAAUAGCUCAUAGUUCAUUAAUUGCUUUAUGGAAUUAAGCUGCAUGUCAGCCCAGCAGUUCUGAAGAUAACAGGAUACACAGGUCUGAAGCCACAUUCAUUAGAUUGCUACUUAUUACAAUGUUACACUGUUACAGAUAUUAUUACUUAUUUUAAGAGUCAUGUGCACAUUCUUUACUAUUAAAUUGGCUGCAUAUUUAAUUUUAGCGGAUUAUUUCCUUCCUUUGUUAGCUGUGUUUAUAAACAUACAACAAUACUAAAGCAUAAGCAAAUGGGUUAACAAAAAUGCUUUGUAGUGUGAAAAGCAACUUAGUUAAGUAUUGUGAAGUAGUUUAUUUAAUUAAAAUAUCCCUUUAUGUGAUACACUCAUCCCUGAUGAUUUCAUUGUAACUAUAGCAGAGGGAAAGCUGUACUUUGGAUGAAGAGUAUCAUUAAUAAAUAAAUAAAUACCAGUAACUCUAGAUUUUCACCUGUAUCCUUAUACAGUGACAUCAACUUCAUUCUGAAAUUCAGCUCUUUUAAGCUUUUGUAACCCAUCUUUCAGCUUGGAUUAGAAUCACUUUUGGUCUUGGUGUUGAAUUUCAAGCAUUAAAGAACCCCAUCCUUACUUGUUACAGUCAAUUUACAGUGGGUGUUACCUCACUUUUAUUUUUUUAUCAUUUAUUAUACUACUUAAUUCAAUUAAAUUAUCAUACUAAGAAAUAUUUUGGCAAGGUUCAGCCCACAGUAUGGUUGCUUGUCAUUUAGCAACAUCAGCACAAAUCCUGUUGAAUCAGUAUCAGCUGAGGUAUUCUCCUUUGAAGUCAGUGGAGUUAUACCACCUUAGAAGUGACCUUUCUUGAACAAAUAGUGUAAUGAUCCCUAUCCAAUAAUAUUUUAUUAGAUAUUUUGAGCCAUCUAUUUAGCUUGUGGGAAAAGUAGUUACUCAAUUUAUACCAGCCUUCUCUAUUAAAAAAGAUUGAUCUUUUUAUCACCUAUGUAAAAGAGGCAGUUAAAAUUAAAUAUCUAAUUAGUGAAUACAGUUGCCUUUGUCAUACAAAAUGUGUGGCAAUAAAGGGAAAUAAACUAUGAAAUGAGAACUACUUUUUCAUUGGUAAUGCUUUAUAUUUAAUUAUUCCAAAUUUGCCUACAUAGAAACUUGUGGGUUUGAUAUCCUCUUACCUUGUAGAUUAAUAGGGUAAAUCCACAGUUACUCCAGUGUGAAAAGAGGAACCAGGCCCAGAUUUAUUACAACUCAUCUCUAGUACAUAAGUGAUUACCUUUAUCUACUAUUACUUAUAUUUUUACAGUAUACAGAUACUAUCCAGUACCAUUACCAUGGACACACAUCAGGAAAUAGUUCUGUUUUUGUCCUGAAACCCUUAGUGCAUCAAUAGUCCUUACUCACAUAAAUUGAAUGUUACAGUCUGAACUGCAUAGAUCCUGUUUUUUUGUUUGAGAGUGUUCUUUUAAAUACUAAUGUUCUUGAACAUUCAUAUACACUCAAAACACUGAUGAUGUGUGACUGCAAUUUUAAUAUCACAUUUAAAAACAUAUUUUCUGGUAUAAUAUGUAUAUGUUUGUCUCUGUACUAAACAAGAUCUUAUCUGCUCUAUGUAAAAUAAGUAUACCAUUAAUUUCAUUUAUUUAAAAUGACUUAAAUAUAGAUUACUCAAGAUAGACUAUCUGAAUGAUCUAUUAUCUUGAAGUGUAGAUAACCUGGUUAGAUUUACUCUAGUUGCUACUUUUUACUGUUGUUGUUCACUUUGAUUUCUUUUCUGUCUCUUUCCAGGGAUAGCUUUGUAAUUUAGGAAAUGGUCUGGAAAAUCAAGCUUGCUGUAGAAGGAUCCCUGCAAACAAUAUCUUGCAUUCCUUGUUUAGUGACAAGUUUUCUUUGUCUGACUGACACAUUGUCACUUCAGAUCUUUCAUCUCAAACUGCCCUGACAACCCUGAAGGCUCAAUAGACUCAGGGGAACCAAAGUGGCUUUUCUUCUCAGGGGUUUCACUGCCGGGAUUAUUUCCUGUGGACAGUUUUAAAGCUCUUGGGAAACCCUCUGGCAUCCUUGGAGUUUAUCGAACUAUGUCUUGUUGGCAGAGUUGAACACUUAAUUACAUAUGUGUGAAUUUAUUAAAAUAUUGCUGUUCUUGUCUAUACUCUCUUGGGAUAUAAAUAGACAGAAAAGGUUAAUUAGUUAGGCAAGAAAUGUGAGCUAGGUCUCAAAUCAAGCAUUUGAUCCAUGAAACAGUAACCUGAGUAGUGGUGAUUGUCACCUUUUGAAUCCUUUAUAAAGCAGGCUGGCAAACCAGAGCCGGUACUUCUGUAUUGCCUGGUAUCUUGUCAGCUACCUUUCCUUCACUUACUUGAGAAAACCAAAAAGGUGAGCAGCCAGCUAGAGAUCAGACAGCAGAAUCUCCUCUGCAGAGUUGAUCCAACCGUAAGUAUGGUAGAUGCUGGUCUGUGAAGUUUAGUUUACUCUCUGUCACACACAGAUCGAGUUUACAUAGAUUAGUUAUCAGUUUUCUUUUUAUUCUUCAGACUUGAUACUGGGGGGAUUUUUCUUCUCUGCAUGCCCAAUUAUCCUUCACUGCUAAAUGCCAGACAUUUCAACAGAUUGAUGAUUAGCUUACUUUACCUGUUAAGAGAGUCCCAAAAUGAUCUGACAUGCUCAAAGCAGGUAAUAGGUUAAAAAAGCAUCACUGACAUUAAGUAUCUGAGCACACUAAUUUAAGAAGGAUAUGUUGUCUGUUUGCAUUGGUAUUUUUUUAAAAAAGAACAUACAAGGGCUUUCACUUCUGUGGAAAUCUCUAUUUUCUACUUACUAAUUAGAGUGACCUCCCUUAAAAUGACUUCUUACGUUAUUUAAUGCGAAUAGUCUUGUUUUGCUAGGGGAUGUAUUUACUUCUGCAUGUACUUGCAUUUCACCAGCCUGCAAUGCAUUCUUUUUGAACAGGUUCAACAUGAGUAUGACUGACUUUCUAAGCCCUUCUGAUAUUGCUGCUGCCCUGCGGGACUGCCAAGCUCCAGAUUCCUUCAGUCACAAAAAAUUCUUUCAGAUAAGCGGGAUGUCCAAAAAGAGUAGCAGCCAGCUCAAGGAAAUCUUCCGGGUCCUAGAUAAUGAUCAAAGCGGCUUUAUUGAGGAAGAUGAGCUCAAGUAUUUUCUCCAGAGGUUUGAGUCUGGAGCCAGAGUGUUAACUGCCUCAGAAACCAAGACUUUUCUGGCAGCUGCAGAUCACGAUGGGGAUGGCAAAAUUGGGACUGAAGAAUUCCAGGAAAUGGUGCUGUCCUAAAGGCAACAGAGAAAGGCAGAGGAGACUAAUCUACUAGAGUUACUAAAAAAACCUUUCAAUUCAGGGAGUCCCUUGUUUAUUUAUUCAUCUUUAUAGUGUCUGUUAUUUGUUUAUUGUUUAUCAAAGCACCAAUUAAUAAUGUUUUUGAUAGUGUGAAUCAUUUUACCAUGUUCUAACAAUAUAUUUCAGCAGACACUGCCCUUAAAAACAUCCAAUAAAAAUAAAUUUAUCAUCA